AUGUUCGACACGACGAGCAAGAGCAGCCGGCCGAGCAAGCCGAGCAAGGCCCAGCUCAAGCAGCAGGCCAGACUGCUCGAGCACUCGCUCUUCACGCCCUCCGCGCCGGUCGACCUGCGCCGGUUCAUCAGCCAGCUCGGCCCGCCGCCGCCGGCCCAGCCGUUCCACUCCAACCAGCAUCUCCAGCUGGCCUGCACGCUCGCCGACCUCAUCCAGCCCCUCGAGCCCAUCUACCGCGACUCGAACCUGCUCUCCGAACUCAGGGACCACCAGCACGAGCUCGCAACCCCCCACGGCUCGCUCCACGCCCUCCAUGCCGCCGAGAGCCACGAGCCCAGCAGCACCGCCCCGCCCGCCGACCCAGCAUCCCUCCCGCCCGCGGCCAAGAAGGCCCGGCUGCUGCUCGACCGCUCCUCCGACAUCCCUGUCGACAUCCGGCCAGACAGCGGCCUCCCACAGACCAGCCAACGCGCCACGCCGAUACCCGACUACCUCGACCCGAGCCUGUUUGCCUGCUCAGCAUCCGCCGACAGCCCAGCCUCGGCAAGCUCCAGCCAGCUGCUCCUCGACGACAACAGCCAGAAACCAAAGCGGAUCCGCAAGAAAGCCGCCGGCCCUCCCCAGUCAAUCACCCACAAACCGAAACCCAUCCAGGACCUCAUCAACAGACUGUCGUCCACCGGCCUCAAGAUUCUGCAGCCCCAUUUCGAUGGCAUGUGGUACGUCCGCUCUGUCGGCCGUUCCGAUUGGAACACGUCCACUCAACCCAUGCACUCCAAUCUACCCCAUCCAGCACCCGAGCCGGAUGACCCACAGCCGGUGAUGAUCACCAUCACCUUCCAUCCGUUCUCGAAGACGAGCACGACCCAGGAGAGCUCCGAGGCCAAAUCGAUCGCCCCGCGCAAACAGACCAUCCACAUCCUCUCCUCCCAGAAACUCUCAGACCUCAGGGACGUCGUCGUCUGCUCGGCCAACCAAAUCCCCAUCUGCUCCGACGAUGGCCACUGGGACGACCAGCGUUGGAUCUCCGGAUCCGCCUUCAUUAUCGAAAACGUCCUCUUCGCUGAUACUAGGCCCCUCUCCCCCCCGGAGGAGCCCUCCAGGAAAUCGGACUACGGAAUAUUACUCCAGGAGUUGUUACCGAACCUGAUCGAGAAAGGGAAGGUAGAAAAUCUGCUCACGAUCGAAGAGGAUCAAGGAAGAAACAGGCCUGAAGGCCCAGAAGAAGAGCAAGAAAUCCAAGAACUCGAAGGGAUGAACGGGCCGAAACUACAGCCAAAGAGCAAGACGACAUCCAAGAUCAAGGUCUCGAGCUUGUCGAUGGAGUGUGUCCGGUUCGACCAGUUGACACUGAGGAUCAACGAACCUUACUGGAUGAUUCACCAGGGGAACUGUGAACACAUCUUCACGGUUGAUGAGAUCAGAGCGAUCCAUCCGACCGACCCGGCCCCGGGGCCGACUCCGAGUGUCCAAGCGAGCCAGGCCAAGCCACCACUAGCACGAGCAGAAGAGAUCCACCCGGACGGCUCCUCGACGAGCGGGUGUCGGGUAUGCGACCGAGACCCGGCCCGAUUGGUGACGAUCGACGACGAACUGUGCGCCGAAUCGCCCUGCUUCAUCUGUCUCACUUGCUUCAAAUUCCUCCACGCCCACGAAGACAUCUUCGAUCUCGAUCCCUCCCCGACCGCCGACCUCGCCCCGCCAUCUCUCCCCGUCUCGCUCGAUCCCUCGCUUCCUGCUGACCCUGGCCAUCCGACUCUCAAUCAUCUCGAUCACAAGAUCCGCUGGGGGAAGGUCCAGGGCAGGUCUUGUUCCCAUGCUGCUGUGGUCAGUCCACACGGUGUUCAUGAGAAAAAGACUCACACGAAACGGGACGCUCAACCCUCUGCGAGUCUCCGUCAAGAGGAAAUUCUCAUCAUCAUCGACGUGGCCAAACUUUUAUUUGAAACCAGCCUCCGAGCCAAACCCAAUUCACCGCCCGACGAGAUGGUCCCUGCAGCGCUAUUCCAGAAGGACAGCUUGAACCAGAAGAACUAUGAAUACCAUCAAAUCCUUCGAGAGAUGCCCGAGUCAUCACGCCUGCGAUCAAGCAAAAUAUGCAACCCCGUCAUACCUCGAUAUUCAUCAUCCGACCCAUCAAAUCCAACACAUCUUUCACUUGAUCAUCAUCCAAAGACGCGUUAUUCCCCCCGAACGUUUUCCAGCAAAUCUGCUGGUCAAGAUCAUCACUCCUAUCAACAUGGCGAGAAGUUAUCGACCAUCAGGAACGAAGAAAAUGCACCCCCAGUUGGAUUAUUUGGGAAACUGAGACAGCUGACCAAGCUUUACGGAAGUGCUGCGUUGGUUAUUUACGGCCUGAUUGGUGGAAUCGACUUUGGACUAGCAUUCUUGACGAUCUAUCUAGUGGGUGCAGAGCACGUCAAGAAAGUUGAAGACUGGCUACUCGAGCGAAUCAGCUGGAAAUGGGCCCAUUCGAUCGCCUCGCGUUCAGCAACGUCUGCCUCUGCAGGCUCUGGAAUUGACAAUAAUAUGUUAUGGACUACCACUCUGGUGGCUUACACGAUACACAAAACUAUCCUCUUGCCCUUUCGCAUCCUGCUCACCGCUUGGAUAACCCCGCCGAUUGUUAGACACCUGCGGAAACGAGGAUGGAAAGUUGGCAGGAAUUUAGAGUAA